AUGGCGGCUCCACUGGGAGGUAUGUUCUCCGGGCAGCCACCUGGACGCCCCGGGGACUCCAGGGGCCAAGCUUCGCUUCUUCAGGCCGUGCCAGGCCCUCCGAGAACUUCUAACAGCACCUUGGUGGAUGAGUUGGAGUCUUCUUUUGAAGCUUGCUUUGCUUCUCUUGUGAGUCAGGACUAUGUCAAUGGCACGGAUCAGGAAGAAAUUAGAACUGGUGUUGAUCAAUGUAUCCAGAAAUUUCUGGAUAUUGCAAGACAGACGGAAUGUUUUUUCCUACAGAAAAGAUUGCAGUUAUCUGUCCAGAAACCAGAGCAAGUUAUCAAAGAGGAUGUCUCCGAACUAAGGAAUGAGUUACAGCGGAAAGAUGCUCUGGUCCAGAAGCACUUGACCAAACUGAGGCAUUGGCAGCAGGUGCUGGAAGACAUCAACGUGCAGCACAAAAAGCCAGCCGAGAUCCCUCAGGGCUCCUUGGCCUACCUCGAGCAGGCAUCAGCUAAUAUCCCUGCACCAAUGAAGCAAACCUGAGUCAGAGCUGAUCUGAAGGUGAUCUGGUGUGUGAGUCAGCCUAAACACAGUCUUGACAGACAUCACUUCUUGUGGACAUGACAUUUUGGAAGAACUCUUUGCCAAAGAAUAAGAUGAUUUUUGUUGAUGAUCUCACCUAAAAUUUUCCCCUUUUUUUAUAAGCGUUAUUUUUUGAGUACUUUAUAAAAUGCCUAUAUAGUUUUGGUAAAUCAAGUAAAUUUUCCCAUUUGUAGCAAAGUUUAGACUGUUAGUGUGAUGCCACUUACAGAUUUCCUUUUCAUGUUCUUUUUUCUGUUUGUACUUUUUGUUUUUGUAUGACUUAGUCUCUUUGUGUUUCCAGUUUUAGAUUAGCUUGUAUGAUCUGAUCUAAGAAUCAGGUGAGGAUUUUGU